UAAAAUGGUUUGACAUCAUUUCUUAGAUAUUGUAACACAAUAUUUGUGACGCAUUGCCUAUAGAAAAUACAUUACAGCUUAAGUGAAGUGUAAUGGGUUCUUGUGUACAUAAAGGAAUCUUGAUUGAAAGGAAUUCGAUCUGUAGUUAAAAUUAAAAUGGAAGUGUUAAAUCAUUUCGACAACAUUGAUGAAAGAUUUCGUAAAAUGUAAUUUUUGUUUUUAUUUUGUACAAAAAUUGGAGAACAUUAGAAAUGACGUAUAAGGUUAUCUCGUAUGAUGUAUGAGUGUGGAUGAGAAUACAAUUAGCAAUGACAAUGUCGGCGUAGUUCUAGAGGAAGCUGAAAUAAUAGAUUGUGACACAGAGAUAGAAACUAUUACAGAAGAAGACAACAUACAGUAUCAGUUAUGUGAAAUAAAUAGAAACGAUAAUGCAGUAGCGUAUCGUGUGGUACAAGUUGGUGAUAAUCAUACAAAUAAUACUGAGUUGUCAAUAGCUGCAUCUAUAAAUAAUACUGUUCAAGUUUUAACAUCACCUAUAAGUGGUCAGUUUUAUGUACUUAGCAAUGGUAAUGAUGUAGUUACCUCGGAAUCUACAAGAACAGUUGCACCACGUGUUAAACUUCAAAUAGAUAAUCCACAAAAUAUCCUUACCAAUAUUAAGAAGAGAGAUGAAAGAAGGAGGGUAACACACAAUGAGGUUGAAAGGCGUCGUAGAGAUAAAAUUAAUAAUUGGAUUUCAAAGUUGGGAAAGCUUUUACCAGAAUGUGAGCAAAGUACAGCAGGAGAUGGAGAUGUGAAAACUAAUUUUGAGUUACAGAGUAAGGGAGGAAUUUUAGCAAGAGCAUGUCAGUAUAUUACGGAAUUGCGAGAUGUACAAGAGAAUUUUUCGCAAAGUUUAGAUGAAAAUGCUCAAUUGUUAGAAGAAGCUAAAACUUUAAGGCAAGUGGUAAAUCAAUUAAGAAAAGAAAAUUCCGAAUUAAAAGCUCAAAUAUCAAAAAAUACAACUUAUAUACUUGGUACCUAA